ACCUCCGCCUCUUUCAUAUCGGAUUGCUCUCCUGAAACUUCAGGUAAUUGCACUCCGUAUUCUCAGAUUCUCCUUCGUUCUCUCUUAAAUUCGCGUCGUCUCCUUUUAUUUGAUGAUGUGGGAAAUGAUCGGUCGUUUCCAAUUAGGGAUAGCUCUCUCGAGAUCGGAUCUUACUGAAAAUUGAUCGAACUCUUUCGCUUUCUGAUUUUGAUCGUAUUGCAUACAAACUACUGUUAAUUAACACGUCAGAAUCGAGAUCGAACCAAAUGGGUUUGCACUAUCUCUCUGUAUGAAUCGCCAUCUUAGCGGAAAGUGAGUCUCUGGAGGAUGGGAGAUUGAAGAAGAGGAAGAAGAGGAAGAGAGAAAGUUUUUUAAAAAAAUUGGCACCUGUUAGUAAAGCUGAUAAGAAAGUAGCAGUAGAUGCUGCUGCGUGGAUGUUCAAUGUCGUCACUUCUGUUGGUAUCAUCUUUGUCAAUAAAGCUUUAAUGGCCACUUAUGGUUAUAGCUUUGCUACAAUCUUAACCGGUUUACAUUUCGCUUUUACAACUCUCAUGACCAUUGUUCUAAGAUGUCUUGGUUACAUUCAGCCCUCUCAUCUUCCCUUUGCCGAGCUUCUGAGGUUUAUUCUCUUUGCAAACUUCUCCAUCGUUGGAAUGAACGUCAGUCUUAUGUGGAACACUGUCGGUUUUUAUCAGAUUGCAAAGCUCAGCAUGAUUCCUGUAUCCUGCUUGUUGGAAAUGGUGUUAGAUAAGAUCCGUUACUCCAGAGACACAAAGCUUAGCAUAGGAUUGGUUCUUGUGGGUGUUGGUGUUUGCACUGUCACUGACGUUAGUGUGAAUAGCAAAGGCUUUCUAGCCGCUUUUGUUGCUGUGUGGAGUACUUCUCUGCAACAAUACUAUGUACAUUACCUUCAGCGCAAGUACUCGCUUAGCUCAUUCAACUUCUUGGGACAUACCGCUCCAGCCCAAGCCGCAACAUUGCUGGUUGUUGGUCCGUUUCUUGAUUAUUGGCUCACAGAAAAAAGAGUAGACAUGUACGACUACAACUUGGUCUCUGUGCUGUUUAUAACCCUAUCGUGCACAAUAGCGAUUGGGACCAACCUAAGUCAGUUCAUCUGCAUCGGGAGAUUCACAGCGGUAUCGUUCCAAGUCCUGGGACACAUGAAGACGAUCCUGGUGCUCGUAAUGGGAUUCUUCUUCUUUGGUAGAGAAGGUCUAAACUUGCACGUGGUCAUUGGAAUGAUCAUUGCAGUACUUGGUAUGAUCUGGUACGGCAAUGCCUCUUCUAAGCCAGGUGGGAAAGAGCGACGAAGCUAUUCUCUUCCAACGACCCGUCAACAGAAACUUGGAGCUGCUUCUGAUUCCGACGACAACGAAGACAAAGCCUAGUACUAGUAUUUAAGUAGUAAAUGUUCACGGCCAUCACAUAGUUUACAUCUUUGUUUUUGAGCUCUGUUUUCUCUAGCACACAAUUAACGAUCCUCGUCCUAAUCUUGCUGGGGUCGACGACGAACAAACGAUUUGUUAUACAGAUGAUUGAGAUUUUUUUUUGUACCGUUCUA